CUAUUGUUACUAGCCCAAAACAAAUAUCACUUAUCAAGUCUUAUCAAUAAUUCAAUGACUUAGUUUCUAACAGUAUCUAAUAGUCGAUUAAAAAUAGAGUUAAAAUGAAUUAUUUAAAACAAGUGAUCAACAAACGGUCUGCGUUUAAUCAAAGACCCUAUAAACAAUACUAGUGUAUGAAAAUGGACGGAGAAAAAGUUUUUCGUCUAGGUUUCCUUAUGAAUUUAUUUAAUUUAAUCCGGAGGAGAAAGCAUUAUUUAUAACCUGUACUUUUGGCUAAUUUAGGCUGUUUAGAUUUAUUCUGAAUAGCUGGGGUCGGGAUAGUUAUUUAUUAGCUAUAAUCUGGAAACUGCGGAACCCUACACUGAGCGUGGCCGAGACGCUUAGUUUCGGCCGGCUUUAGGCUACGUUCAGAUGACACGCGUUUUGAUAACGCGCGUUUACAACUACAUACAUUUUGUAACGCCUUAAACGCGUUAGCAUGUGUACAGCCUGAAUAAAAUGUAAGUUGUAAACGCGCGUUGUGCGCUUGUCAUCUGAACAUAGCCUUAGUAUUAUCCGAUAGAUACAGGUAGAUUUAUAGAUAAGUUAUAGAUAAGUUAAUAAAAAUAUAAUAUAUCUACUUUGACCUACCGCAGUCUUUACUUUUAUUUGAUAAUUGAUAGUUGUGUUUAAUUACGAUGGCGGAAAACAAUGUUUUGCCUUUCCCUUACGAGUUUAAAGAACUUGAUCCUGAAGAACAAGAGCUGGUAGAAAAGAAUUUUCCGUAUUUGCCAUCCUCAUACGUGCGAGUGGGUCCCAAAGGCUACAUCUUGACUAAACCUUAUAUCAACGAAGCAGCAAACAUCUAUAACAUGCCUCUUAGACCUACUGAUGUCUUCGUGGCUACUUAUCAACGAUCGGGAACCACAUGGACCCAGGAACUAGUAUGGCUUAUAGCCAAUGAUUUAAAUUACGAAAAAGCUGCGGAAAUACCAUUACCUCAACGAUACCCAUUUUUAGAUCUCUUCAUGUUCUAUGUACAAGAUGAAAAUGAAAAAUAUUUUAAAAAUGUAGAAGCCACAGAGCCAAAUUUUGACAAAGAGAAGUUUUCGCAGCUGUUUGAUGUGUUGAAAACGCCAGUAACUCCGCAGCUAGCCGCAGUUCCCCUGACAGAGACUCGCUUCAUCAAGACACACCUGCCGAUGUCACUGCUGCCUCCCAGCAUCCUGGACACGGCGAAGGUGGUGUACGUAGCUCGGGACCCCAGAGACGUGGCCGUCUCCUGCUAUCACCACUCUAGACUGUUCAGGAUAUUAGGCAGUCUGGUAUCUUUCAAAGACUUCUGGAAUAUAUUCCUUAAGGACUUAUACACAUUGACUCCAUUUUUCGAACACGUUAAAGAAGCAUGGCAGAAGCGACAUAAUCCGAACAUGCUAUUUUUAUUCUAUGAAGAACUAUCACAGGACUUGCCAUCAGUCAUUCGCCGUGUUGCAGAUUUUUUAGGCAAGCAGAUAAAUGAGGAACAAAUCUCCCACCUUUGUGAACACUUGAACUUUAAGAACUUCAAAAAUAAUAAGUCUGUAAACUAUGAGGACAGGAGAGAUGUGGGACUUUUAGCUUCUGAUGAAACCUUUAUGAGGAAAGGCAAAGCAGGAGGUUGGCGCGAUCACUUCGACGAAGAGAUGACACAACAAGCUGAGAGAUGGAUGGAACAGAAUCUGCGUGAUACUGACCUGCGCUUCCCGCAACUAUAACUAUAGUUAUUGUUUUAAUAAAAUCUAUGAGGAAUUGUGA